CAUCUAACCCAUAGAGGAGAGAAGAGAGAGAGAGUAAGAAUCGAGGGUUAGCGUUUAAUUAAGAAGACUAGCUUUAUGUUAGGGUUUAGGUUUGGGAUAUGACUCAUGCUCGAGAAUGGAGAAGCUCCUCUCUUCUAAAGGUGAUCUUGCUUUCUUCUCUAAUCUAUCUCUUUGGUGUAAAUUCCCAGACAGGGGCAACUCGGGUAUUUCCAGAAACUCCGACGAAGACAACCUCUAUUGCUCCGGCUAAUAACCAAGAAAAUCUAAUGAAGAAGUACUUCGGCGCCGUGAAGUUUCCUCCGGUGGAUUCUAUAGUCGGAAAAGGGAUCAGUGACAGUAAAAGAACGGUACCAAGCUGUCCAGAUCGUCUACAUAACUAGACGAUGCAGUUUGUUGAUGUUUUAUUGUAUUUUCUUGUACCUCUUUAUGUAAUCAAUCAGUCAAGUGCUUUUGCCUAAAAUACCCACGUUUUUCUCGUCGAUGUAAGGGGAAAACGAGGGUAUUUUGGAGAUUCUAAUCAUUAAUCUAUAAACAUUUUC